AGAAAAGUGUCAAACCAAAAACAUCUUGACCUUCGUAUCGUUUUCAAUAAUAUUUGGAAAUGAUUGGGAAGUGGUGAUUUUCUCUUUUUUUUUCUGUUACAAUUUUCAUUCCUAAUAUGGCGCAAACAAAUCAAAUUAAUCUGGACAUAGAAGAUGAUCCGCCUAAUGAGAGCCCCAACCGAAACAUUCCCAUACAGAGAAUGGAUUCUACUUCAAGACCACAAGCUCCAAGAAAUAAUAUAGGCUUAGGGGAUCGAUUAAAUAGUGUGUUUCGUGAAAUCAGGCCGCUAGUAGAACAUGCUCGAAUGGGUAACAAUGCCAGACUUUCUCUACCCACAUGGCUACCAAGAAACACUCCUGGCACCCAUCAGAUUGGUGAUGGAGUUCAAAGGCCACAGAGUUCCAUUGCUCACAUAAACCUCGGACCUGCCUCACAGACUUAUGUAGUAACAGAGAGGGGUACCCCCUUAGCACAAAGGGCACAGGCUAGUACUCAUGGGGUUAGUGCUAGCCCUUCAAACAACUCGAACCUCUCGGAACAGAUUGAAAACCAAGAUGUGAAUGUACCAGUGAAUCCAACACAUAACAAUAAUGUGCAUGAUAAUGCUGACAAUGACAGCCAGAGUGAUGAUUUAAAUCAGCAGGUAACACCUUUAGUGGUUUUGGAUGUGAGGGGGGCACUAAACUUUUUGAUCCGCUACGCGCCUUUCUACCUCAUCUUGUUUAUUAAAUUGAUAUACGACAGCAGGGAAGGUAUUUUCACGUUUUGUGUUCUGUUCUGCACAUUCACACAUUGCAACAGCCUUGUGAGAAGGGAGCAUGGAAAGCAAGGAAACCGCAGUAUACUAGCAUUAUUUUGUGAGCUAGUGUUCACUGUCUGCUGUAUAGGUGUGGUGCACUUCUUAUUUGGUCACGGCAAGUUAUUGCCCAAUGUGAUCAUGUUCCCGGGGUACACGGAGCCCAUUGAUGUCUGGGAGCUGCUGUGGCUCGUCAUACUCACUGAUCUGAUGGUUAAAAUUGUGACCGUUGAUGUCAAGAUAUUGGUCACUAUGAUGCCAGCUUUCUUAUUGCCAUUCCAGAAAAGGGGUAAGGUAUACUUAUUCACGGAGGCAGUUUCCCAGCUGUACCGCGCCCUGCUGACCAUCCAACCGUGGGUGUUCUUCCUGAUGCAAUCAUACGAGGGCUCAGAGAAGAUGGUGGGCAUGUUCCUCACCUCCAUCUACGUCAUCGCGAAGGUCGUGGAGGUGCUGGUGCGGCUGCGGCUCUUCAAGAAUGCCACCUGGAUUUUACUGCAGAGUGUGUUUUGUCUAUUACAGAAUUUGGGUACGAAGCCCACAGGCGAGCAGCUCGUGUCCGCAGGCGACGCGUGUCCCAUCUGUCACGACGAGUAUACGACGCCGGUGCGGCUUGGCUGCAGUCACAUCUUCUGUGAGCUGUGCAUCUCCGCCUGGCUCGACCGCGAGCACACCUGCCCGCUGUGCCGCGCCAAGGUCGCGGACGAGCCCACCUGGCGCGAUGGCUCCACCACCCACGACUUCCAGCUCUACUAACUCCGACUGCAGUGAAAGUGUUAAGUGUUGUGAAAGUGAAUGUGUUGUCAAACUUAAACUUAGGAAUAAACUGAGUAUAAGCAAAAUUUGUACUAAUAUUCCUAAGUUUAACUUUCUACCGCGUUUAUUUGUAAGGCUGUAAGUGUCUAAGGUAUGUAGAAUUGAUGUUUUAAGAAAUGUAGCUCAGCAUUAACAGUAGUGUUUUAAAAUCUUUGCGUCAGUUCUUCCCGCAAUGUCAUAACUCCACAGAAGGCAGCUGUGAAGUGGAAGUUAUUUUGUGUUUUAACCAAUGAAUUUGCGUGCUGAAGACCUAAGUUAGGUUUUCUUUCCACCCUUUUCGUGUAACGGAAUGUAACAUAGGUAGUUGUAAAACUUCUAUGCAUGUUCUCUGUUGAUUGAAGCAGCGGUCGCUUCGCUAUUUUCGCGAAUUCCGUAUGCCGUAAGUUCGUUUGUCAUCUUAUAUCUUUGUUAAUUUAUAAAAAUGUUCACCUCAUUAGAUCCCGAUUUGCCAGAAAAGUUUUUAAACGACUACCAAAAACUUUUGCUAUAACUUUUCUUUUGCGAAAGUGUGCUUUUUCCGCUUUGUUAUAGCUGUUUUAUCCAAAAAGGUUUGAAGUAAAUAGUUAAGGUAAUUUAAGCUAGUAAUUUUAAAAUGUAUUUAAGCAUUUAUGUCCAUGUAAUGUUUCUCUCUAUUAGUGUAGUGGUUAAUGGAAAUCAUUUAUCCCUUUUUGUCUGUUAAUAUUCUGACAGAGAUUCUUAAACAUUAUUUCCGCCCAUAUUUUUAACAUUCCGACUUUUUUUUAAUUUAUUGUUCCACAAGCAAUUGAUUAUAUAAAUCACAUUUUGUUUAUUUAAAAUGUGUUGUAUUUUUAUCUUAUAUUCCUAUUUCCCAUAUCUUAUUGAGAUUUAAGAUUUUAAAAAAAUCUUGAAAGGUAAUUUAAUAAGAUAUGCAUUCCUUGAUAUUGUCGUUUUUAGGUCAUAAGGAAAUUAUAAAAAAAAAUUGUCAACUUAUGUUUUGAAAUGAAAUACAAUUUUUUUUAUUAUGAUUGCACUUUAUUUGGCAUUUUUCGUUGUUCAUUUAAUUCCUGGUGCAUCUUUGUGACCAGUAUUAUAAUAUACAUAUGUAAAUAUGUAAAUAAGUAUAUUGGAAGAAUCUUUCUGAAACAUCUUAAUAUUAUCAUUAUUAAUUAAUCAUUUUUGAAUUUAUUUUAU